GCGUUCUCGGCGACCUGUGAAUUCUUCGAACCUGCUUCGAGCUUAAAUGUAGAAAUCACGUAAACAAUUAACGUUUCAAAUGAGUUCGAUUACUACUACGAGGACGAAAAUACCCGCAGGUAUAACGCUAAAAAAACGCGCUGAUGUCAUGUAAGCUCUUCAUGUCGGACAUGUACACAAACAAAACCGACGCUGGGAUUUAAGGUGGCGCGAUCAGAGACUCUGGAGAGAUUUAAGACACCUUGAAGUGCGCAACAAAAACAAACGCGCCAUGACUGGACUCUGGAGUUAAAAAAAAAAAGGAGCACGUCUCAGAUUAAUUCAUUAAUCCUGCUACCAUGAAAAAGAAAGGGAGCGUUUAUUUACGAAGGCAGCACAUGGAAUACGACAGCGCGCUUCACCUUUCCAGCUGCCUUGACGACGCGGACAAGGGGACGGGAAGAGGAGGAAUCGUCUGGGUCACUAGCGAUCCCGAAUAAUAAUUAUAAUUAUAAUAAUAAUAAUAAUAAUAAUAAUACUCGAUCAGUGCGGAUUAUAUGGGCAGGGAGAUGGAGACAGUCGGGAAAUUCGAGUUCAGCAGGAAGGACCUCAUAGGCCAUGGUGCAUUUGCGGUGGUGUUUAAAGGCAGGCAUGGAGAGAAACAUGACUGGGAGGUUGCUGUGAAAUGCAUCAAUAAAAAGAAUCUAGCAAAAUCACAAACUCUGCUGGGAAAAGAGAUCAAAAUUUUAAAGGAACUGAAGCAUGAAAACAUCGUCGCGUUACACGAUUUUCAGGAAACGGCGAGCUCUGUGUAUUUGGUGAUGGAGUACUGUAAUGGAGGAGACCUGGCCGACUACUUGCAUUCCAAGGGCACACUGAGCGAGGAUACCAUCCGUGUGUUCUUGCAGCAGAUAGCAGGAGCUAUGAGAGUGCUGCAGGCCAAAGGCAUUAUCCAUAGAGACCUGAAACCACAGAACAUCCUGCUGUCCCACCCAGCUGGCCGCAAGUCCCACACCAACAACACCUGCAUCAAAAUAGCUGACUUUGGCUUUGCACGGCACCUUCAGAACAACAUGAUGGCCGCUACCCUCUGCGGCUCUCCCAUGUAUAUGGCUCCAGAGGUCAUCAUGUCACAGAGCUAUGAUGCCAAGGCUGACCUGUGGAGUAUAGGAACCAUUGUGUUUCAGUGCCUGACUGGGAAAGCCCCAUUUCAAGCCAGCAGUCCUCAGGACCUCCGCAUGUUUUAUGAGAAGAAUAAGAAUCUUAGCCCAAACAUUCCCAGAGAGACAUCCAGUCACCUGAGGCACUUGCUUCUUGGCCUGUUGCAGAGGAACCAUAAGGACCGCAUGGACUUUGAGGAGUUUUUCAAGCACCCUUUCCUCGAGGCAAGCUCUACCAUGAAGAAGUCUGCACCGGUGACCGUGACCUGCUUUCCCAGCUCAGGAUCAGCAAGCUCAUGUAGCAGCUCUUCCACAUCACACCUUGCUUCUCCUCCUCAGUCCCUCGGCGAGAUCCAGCAGAAUCGAGCCAAAGCACUGGCCUCCCCUACCCAGGAUUCUCCAGGCUUUUUGCUGAAGGAUUCAGCUGGUGGUGAAGGAAGCAGUAAGAACUCUUCCUGUGACACGGACGACUUCGUCAUGGUUCCGGCUAACUUCCCCAGUGAGCUGACAUGUGAAAUGCCUUCAGGGAAGCUGCUUCAGGAUAGUCUUGUGUAUAGUGGGAGUUCUCUUCUCACUUCUGGAAGUCAGGGCAAUCAGGCCAAGUCUCUUCCACGCUCGCCCUCUUACAGCAGCUCCGCGCCACCGGCAGGCAGGCCUCCUGAGCACUCUUUGAGCAACUGCAGUAACUAUAAACAGUCCGUACCCAUUCCAGUGCCCACACAGAUUCACAAUUAUCAGCGUAUUGAGCAAAACCUGCACUCUCCCAGCCAGGACAAUUCCCCACGGUGCACUCCAGUGCGGCGCUGCAGCAGUGGAAGUCCUCUUGGUUGUGGGAGGAUAGGACCAUCUCCCCCUCAUCACUCAACCAUAACCACCCGCAGACUGUCUAUAGGAGGCAUCAAACCACUCCAGCUCUCCCCACAGGCUCUCCAGCCACCCGAUGCUAAGUCCAGAGCCAGGCAGCAUGGACUGGGCUCACGCCUCCACAGUGCCCCCUGCCUGCUGGAGGCCGCUGGCGGUUGCAGGCAGACAAUCAGGAAACAGCACUCGGACCCAAUGGUGGCCGCGCAUGAAGGCACGAUGGCCCUGAGGCCCCUACAUUCCUCACCCCGACUCAGUGAACUGAUGCAGCGAAGUCCUUUACCCACCAUCCUAGGGUCACCAUCAAGAGCCAUGUCCCCGUUUGAGUUCCCAAAGCCACCCAGCUCUCCGAACAUGGUGACAUUUCUGACUCAGCAGGGUUUAGUUUUCCCUUCAUCUCCCAGCCGGCCGUGCCAUGGAGAAUCAGGCGUGCCUGCCGCUUUCCAACCCGAGGACGCGAAGACUUUUGGGAGGUCGCAGAGCUCUGGUCGUUUGUCAGACAUGCUGUUAAUGGCGGCGUUCGGGGGACAGCUGGGAGAUAGAGGCAGCACGGAGAACCUCAGUGCUGACAGAGCAAUUGACAUCGCAGCUCCACCUGCUACUGGUGGGACCAUGGUGGUGGGUUCAGGCAGUCCAGCACGAGUGGUGUUCACAGUGGGCUCGCCACCCAGCGGAGGAACGCCACCCCACACCUCUCGUUCCAGAAAAUUCUCAGCUUGCUCCUCGAGCUCCAUCAGUCCUGCAGGGUCCCUCACCAGCCGUUACCCCCAGACAGGCAUGUGUUUGGAUGGGUUCGAGGCCUCAUCCUGUCCACGCUACGGUCUCACCGACCCCAUUUCAGUCAACUUGGAGGGUGUUGUGAUGUUUGAGGCCCCUGAGCUCCCAGAAGAAACACUCAUGGAGCAGGAGCACACAGAGAUUCUCCAGCAGCUCCGGUUUACGCUGGAUUUUGCCCGCUGUAUGGUGGAGGUGGCAGCUUCCAGAGGUGAAGAGGCCGGGCAUGCCAAUCAGCCCACAACCUGCCUACACCAGCAAGAAAGCGUCGUGGCUGACCAGAUCAGCUCUCUGAGUCGCGAAUGGAGCCACGCUGAGCAGUUGGUGCUGUACAUGAAGACUGCAGAGCUCCUGUCCACUGCAUUGCACACAGCCAUGGAGGGCAUCAAACAGGGUAAACUGUAUCCCUCCACCACAGUCAAACAAGUUGUCAGGAGACUAAACGACGUGUACAAGUCGAGCGUGUCGUCAUGCCGCUCCCUGAGCGCACGUCUGGAGCGGUUCUUUUCCCGAAAGCAUCGCCUGAUGGACCACAUCAACACCAUCACUGCAGAAAGGCUCAUCUUUAGCCAUACUGUGCAGAUGGUGCAGGCUGCAGCUCUGGAUGAGAUGUUUCACCAAGGUGAGGCUUCAAUACAGCGCUACCACAAAGCCUUGCUGUUAAUGGAGGGUCUGUUACUGCUCCUCACUGAACAGGCCGACAUCCUGAGCGUCAGCAAGUGUAAGCAGUGUAUUGAGCGUCGCCUUACUGCACUGCAGUCAGGCCUCUGUGUAUAGAAGGUUCCUUACAUUCCUUCCUUACAUUCCCUAAAUACACCUUCUUUCCAGCCCUCUCGCUGCUUCCUCUUUCUCAUCACAGAAAAUGAAGACAGAGGACCGGCUUUGUGGUCACGGGUUUGUGUUAGUGAUGCCUGCAGUGUACGGAGAGACAUGAAGAGAGUGCGGUCCUGAAUCACAGUGUGUAUGAAUCAAAACUAAGCUACAGGCAAUCACAUCAGACCCAACGCUGAGGCCCUGAUGUUGUCGUGGAUAUCGUUUUAAACCUAUAAGCUGCACUGUGUAAACAUUUUUGCAUAGACAUAACACUAUGUCAGGAUCUGAGUUCCUUUAGUUCUGGGAUUGUGCAAUCACAGGUGAUAGAUAUUCAUCAGCAGCUGGAUUUAAUCAUACACUCAGAAAAAAAAAGCGUAUUAAACUGUAUCUUUCGUACAACUCGGGUGCUGCGUUUUUUGUAGCUUUAGUAUGCACUUGCAUGUAAUUUAUCUUUAAAGCUGAAUUAUGGACAUUUAGGUAACUUGAAGGUGAACUAUAGGUAAUGAAGGUACAAAGGAUGGAUCUUUGAGGGUACCACACCAACCCCACCACAUAUUUAAGAACCCCAACCCAAAUUACCCCACUCCAAAUGAACCUAUCCAGCAUUACCCCACUGCAACGCAUAUUAACCAGCCCCCCACACAUUACCCCACCCCAACCCAAAUUAUCCUACCCAACAUUACCCCAACCCAAAUUAAUCUACCCAACAUUACUUCAAUGCAUCUCAAAUUUCCCCACUCCAAAUUAAUCAACCCCACCACAUAUCACUGCACCCCAACCCAAAUGUCCGCAUACCACCCCAUAUUAACCUACCCCACCACAUAUUACCUAACCCCACCAUAUGCCCCACCCAAACACCUCAUUCUAUGAAAGACACAGUUUAAUACUCUAACUCGGAGUGUCAGUUGGAACUCAUAUUUCUGGUUAAGUAUGUUCCUAGCCACUUGAAAUCGAGCCAAAAAUUGGCCUAGCCAAAUUUUAAGUUCAUAUCCUAAUGUCACACACGGAGAAUGAAGUAGACACUUUCCUAAUCGACUGUCACUUUAUUUCAUUUGACACGUUUCUUUUCCCUUCUUGCUUCAAAAAUAUUUUCACCGUAUAAACGUGACAGACGAACCAUGGGUUACACCAAGAAGGUAACUUGGAGCUGAAUUUAAAGUUGAAUUAAUAGUUGAGUAUAUUUAGAAUUUAAAGAUGAAUUAAUAUCUUGUGAUACAACACUUUACUCGGCAGUGAAGUGAAACUUCUUUUACAUUGUCUUCUUUACUUGAAUGAAAACUAGCAUGGUAAUUUUCCUGUAUUCUUGGAGCUUUCAUUACCUGCAGUACAUUUUUUUAUUUUUUUAUUUAUUUAUUUUUUUAAUUUUUUUUUUUUAAAUUUCUUUUUUAACGACAAAAUAAACACGAAUUAGUUAUUGAGUAAGAAAAUUAUUCAUUUAAGAUGAAUUUUUGUUGAUUUUGAUCAAAUAUUGCUUAAAAAUCAACACCAGGAUUUAGAAUGAUGGUUUAAAUGAAAUUAUUUUGAACUAGUAUUCAUUAAUGCUGGAACUGGAUUCACAGAUAAACAUGGAUCUAUUCCAGUAGCUUUCUUGAUGCAACCCAGGUCAUGUUCUGUAGAAAAGGACGUCAUACAUACAUACAUACAUACAUACAUACAUAUAAAUUACACCAUAAAACUUUUUAAAAGUAAAAGUUUACAUGGAACUCGUCAAUAUCCAGUACUUUCUCCGUUUUUUUUUUUUUUCUGAGUUUUUAUUACCAGUAAGGCCGUGAGUAGCACUUUACUGAAUGCUGACCAAGAUUGUCCACUUUGUUUCCAAAUUACAAAGACAUAAAAUGAUUGUCGGGACAUCUGAACGUCUCUCGAUCACUUUUAUCGCUUUUAUUUUUUUUCUUUCAUCUCUUCUCUUCUAGUUUUUACAUCAUGUUUGGCAAUCGUGUUUGUCCACCUUUUUAAACGUGUGUACGAGUGACAGAAGGACAUGCUACGAAUACAGAGAACGCAAAUGAACGACGUUCUGCAUUUCUUUUAGUUUUAGCUGUUACCUAGAAAUCUAGGCAUUGUAUAGCGUGCAGCAGGCCCUGCGCUGUAAUGCAAUAUUAUUUCAUUUAGUUUCAACCACGUUGGAUAAGAUUUAUCUGACAUUUUUCCUUAGCGACAGCUCUCUUAUUGUUCCAGUUUAAUAUUCAGUCUUACGAAUUCGUAAAAGGACUGUAGCUUGUUCAUUAUGAUGCCUGUAGUGAAUACAGAUUUUGUAACUGGGGAACAGAAGUUUACUGCGCCGUGUGGUGUGAGGCCUGUUUCCAUGCAAGUGUUUUAGUGUUGAAUGCUUUUAAACUUAUUAAUGUAUGCUGAGUGGUUUGGUUUUGUGUGUCAUAUAGGAUAAAUCUAUUUAAAAAUGUGCCUUUAAAAAAAAAAAAAAAAAAAAAAAAAGCAAAAA